CGUAAAUUAGCCAUUAUUCAGUCGGUUGGUGAAAGCAUUCGUACGUGAUAGUGAUUUGGUUGGCGUUGGUUCUACCUGCUAAGGUGAAAAUUCUAGUCCCAGGGCGGUCUUGGAUACCGGGCUAAGGCCUGCUUUCCGGCCAGAGGAUGUCGACGGUGGAGUUAGUACCGGAACAUGCAGCAGGCGGCGGACUGCCGGCGUUGGCCAUGCCAACGGCUGUGUUCAUGACGCUGGCGGUGGUGGCCACCGCUUUGUUUCAUUUCUGGAUGCAGUCGAGGCGCUACGUCAAGCUGGGGAACUUGAUCCCGGGACCGAAGGCGUAUCCGCUGAUUGGGAAUGCUAACAUGCUGCUAGGUUUGAGCCACGAUGAGAUUAUGCGAAGGGCCAUGGAGUUGAGUUUUGUGUACGGUAGUGUGGCCCGGGGUUGGCUUGGGUAUCAUUUGGUGGUGUUUUUGACGGAACCGUCGGAUAUUGAAAUUAUCCUGAACAGUUAUGUGCAUUUGACGAAAUCGAGCGAAUAUCGAUUCUUCAAGCCGUGGUUGGGUGAUGGACUGUUGAUCAGCAAUGGUGAGAAGUGGAAGUCGCACCGGAAGUUGAUCGCACCGGCUUUCCAUAUGAACGUCCUGAAAACGUUCGUCGAUGUGUUCAACGAUAACAGUUUGGCUGUGGUGAAGCGAAUGAAGAAAGAAGUUGGCAAAGAGUUCGAUGUGCACGAUUAUAUGAGCGAAGUGACGGUGGAUAUUCUGCUGGAAACGGCCAUGGGUUCGACCAGAACCGGUGAGAACAAGGAAGGAUUUGAGUACGCAAUGGCAGUGAUGAAAAUGUGUGACAUCCUCCAUCUGCGCCAGUUAAAAAUCCACCUUCGCCUGGAUCCGUUUUUCAAUUUGACAAGCAUCAAACGAGAACAGGAUCGUUUGCUGGGGAUUAUUCACAGCUUAACGCGGAAGGUUGUCAAACAGAAGAAAGAGAUUUUCGAGAAAAACUACGCUGAAGGUAAUCUACCGUCGCCUUCGUUAUCCGAAAUCAUCGCCAAGCAGGAGCCGAAGGCUGAGACAAUUCCAGUAAUCUCCCAGGGAUCCAUGUUAACGGACGAUCUGGAUGCCAUCGAUGAGAAUGAUAUCGGAGAAAAACGUCGGUUGGCGUUCCUGGAUUUAAUGAUUGAGACGGCGAAAACGGGAGCCGAGUUAACGGAUGAAGAAAUCAAGGAAGAGGUAGACACCAUCAUGUUCGAGGGCCAUGACACAACGGCAGCCGGAUCCAGUUUCGUGCUGUGUCUCCUCGGUAUCCAUCAAGACAUUCAGGAUCGAGUGUACCGGGAAAUUAAGCAGAUCUUUGGUGAUUCCAACCGGAAAGCAACCUUCAACGAUACGCUGGAGAUGAAGUACUUGGAGCGAGUAAUUUUCGAAACUCUCCGCCUUUAUCCGCCAGUUCCGGUUAUCGCCCGCAAACUGAACCAGGAAGUCCGGUUGGCUUCGCAAAAUUAUGUCGUUCCUGCUGGCACCACGGUUGUCAUCGGCACGUACAAAAUGCACCGCCGAGAGGACAUUUAUCCGAACGCGGAAGUGUUCAAUCCGGAUAAUUUCCUCCCGGAGCGAACCCAAAAUCGACACUAUUACAGCUACAUCCCGUUUAGUGCCGGACCACGAAGCUGCGUCGGUAGAAAAUACGCAAUGCUGAAGCUAAAGGUGCUGCUAUCGACGAUUCUGCGCAACUAUCGGAUCGUGUCGGAUUUGAAGGAGAGCGAUUUCAAGCUGCAGGGGGACAUCAUCCUGAAGCGAACCGAUGGCUUUAGGAUUCAGCUGGAACCUAGACUGUAAACCUGCGCCGCUCGCGUCACCAGAUAAGAUCCCAAAACCAGAGAUGUCGCGACGGCCAACCCGUGUGUGUGUUCAAUUGAUGCCGUUGCCUCGUUUUAUGAUACUGUUAAUUGAAUUGUCCCGUUCCCGAAGGGACCGGUUAUCGCAACGAACAACUCGCUUAUCCUACUCGUCUUUGUUUUUGCUCUCUUCGCAUUUAUAUAGAGUUAUUUGACUAUUUAUUCCUUGAAGUUACAUUUUUUUCACUACACAAGCAUAAUCAGAGAGAGAUAAUAAAACCUUCUCUCCAUAA